AUGCCACCACCACCUUCUUCUUCCUCUUCCUCCUCUUCCUCUUCAACAUCCUUACCACCAUCAUCUUCCUCGCAAAUCUUUCGAAAGUUAGAGUCUUUCCGACAACCACCAGAUGUGCCACUGGAAACUCAUGAGCGCCGCUUCAACCGUAUAGCUGCUCCACUACUCCAAAACCCUCGCCACCAACCAACCCUCAUGGCCAUCUACAUGCGCACUCUGGCCUCACGCGAUCUGCGGCAUUCCCUAGCAGCCCGUGCAGCAGCAUGCGAGAUUGCUCCUCCAACUCUUACAGCCCUUCAAGCAGAAGCUCGUGCUCUUGCUCGCAAACACACUUCUAUCGAUGCCUUUUCAGAGCUAUACACUAUGCGCCAGGGACCUACCAUAUCUGCUGCGGCCCAUGCUGCUGAAAUUGAAAAAAAACUCGCCCUAUUAGAAAUGCCUUUGGAUGAUGACCUGCUUCAGGAUUUAUACCGACGCUCUCUUCGUCCAGAAGUCGCUGCAAGACUUCACAGCUUUCAAUAUCGGUCCUACGCUGAUCUUAAGUCUGAUGCCGUACGGAUAUGCCCGUAA